AUGGACAAGGUCACCUCUGUUGCCAUUCCUCUUGCCUUGGCUGCGUUUUCCCUCUACAUGAUUGAAAGAGAAGAGAUGGGUUCUAUGUUCAGUGGAAACCGAUUAAACAAAGAAGAGAUGGAGGUUGUAAUGAACAAAGCCAAAGAGAUCGUCUCUGAAGUCGUUGUCUUCAGCAAGACGUACUGUGGUUAUUGCCAGAGGGUGAAACAGCUGUUGACACAGCUUGGAGCAACUUUUAAAGUGCUUGAGCUCGAUGAGAUGAGUGAUGGAGGUGGGAUCCAAUCAGCUUUAUCUGAGUGGACAGGACAGAGCAUUGUUCCUAAUGUUUUCAUCAAAGGCAAACAUAUCGGUGGCUGCGAUAGGGUGAUAGAUAGUAACAAGCAAGACAAGCUUGUGCCUCUACUUACUGAAGCUGGUGCUAUCGCCAAUAACUCUUCUCAGCUUUGA